AUGGGCACUGCGGUGUACGCGGAAUACGCGCUGGGGGAGUUCACGCUCAAGUCGUCGCGGAAGCAACGGGCUCCGACGACAGGGGGAGCGGAACAUACAAGUGCGCGAUGGACACGCAGUCGCUCUUUGCAUUUGGGAAAAGGACGGCCGAGUUUUGGCAACAAGAAGGUGGGUUUCGAGUGGUGUGGAGUGGUGGAUCGAAAGAGGUCGAUCGAGAAGGAGAACAACAACAAGCUCUAUCAAGCAAGGCUUAAGGACGGCUACAAGGUGUCAAGAGACGACGUGGUGGUGAACAUGAGGGAGCCGGGAAACCUAGCGAUCGCGGCAGCAACGGUUACGCUGGCCAGCGCGCAGGUGGUAAACCCUACAAGAAUGUAUGCAGUGAAGAGGCUGCAGAUGACAAGCAUCAUGCGGAGAGCAGCCGAUGGCUGUACACUCGUGACCAAGACGGCUACGACUCAUGUCGUCGAGGGGGAGUGUUGGAAGUGCAAGAUGUGCACGUACAUCGACUCCAGAGUAGUAUCCUAUGUUACGCCACUGACGAGGGCCCCGGCGGGGGUCCGAAACCGCGUCUGGCACGCGUUCAAUCCAAGUCAUUCACAUCUACUCGAUUCUACAUUUCCUACAGGUUAUGAGCCCAAACGGCUUGGUAUGGACACUGCGGUGUACGCGGAAUACGCGCUGGGGGAGUUCACGCUCAAGUCGUCGCGGAAGCAACGGGCUCCGACGACAGGGGGAGCGGACCAUACAAGUGCGCGGUGGACACGCAGUCGCUCUUUGCGUUCGGGAAAAGGACGGCCGAGUUCUGCACAAGGAGGUGGUUUCGAGUGGUGUGAGUGGUGGAUCGAAAGAGGUCGAUCGAGAAGGGGAACAACAACAAGCUCAAGCAAGGCUCAAGGACGGCUACAAGGUGUCAAGGGACGACGUGGUGGUGAACAUGAGGGAGCCGGGAAACCUAGCGAACGCGGCAGCAACGGAUACGCUGGCCAGCGCGCAGGUGGUAAACCCUACAAGAAUGUAUGCAGUGAAGAGGCUGCAGCUGACAAGCAUCAUGCGGAGAGCAGCAGAAUGGCUCCCAAACGGCUUGGUAUGGGCACUGCGGUGUACGCGGAAUACGCGCUGGGGGAGUUCACGCUCAAGUCGUCGCGGAAGCAACGGGCUCCGACGACAGGGGGAGCGGACCAUACAAGUGCGCGGUGGACACGCAGUCGCUCUUUGCGUUCGGGAAAAGGACGGCCGAGUUCUGCACAAGGAGGUGGUUUCGAGUGGUGUGAGUGGUGGAUCGAAAGAGGUCGAUCGAGAAGGGGAACAACAACAAGCUCAAGCAAGGCUCAAGGACGGCUACAAGGUGUCAAGGGACGACGUGGUGGUGAACAUGAGGGAGCCGGGAAACUUAGCGAACGCGGCAGCAACGGAUACGCUGGCCAGUGCGCAGGUGGUUAUGAGCCCAAACGGCUUGGUAUGGGCACUGCGGUGUACGCGGAAUACGCGCUGGGGGAGUUCACGCUCAAGUCGUCGCGGAAGCAACGGGCUCCGACGACAGGGGGAGCGGACCAUACAAGUGCGCGGUGGACACGCAGUCGCUCUUUGCGUUCGGGAAAAGGACGGCCGAGUUCUGCACAAGGAGGUGGUUUCGAGUGGUGUGAGUGGUGGAUCGAAAGAGGUCGAUCGAGAAGGGGAACAACAACAAGCUCAAGCAAGGCUCAAGGACGGCUACAAGGUGUCAAGGGACGACGUGGUGGUGAACAUGAGGGAGCCGGGAAACUUAGCGAACGCGGCAGCAACGGAUACGCUGGCCAGUGCGCAGGUGGUAAACUCUACAAGAAUGUAUGCAGUGAAGAGGCUGCAGCUGACAAGCAUCAUGCGGAGAGCAGCAGAAUGGCUGUACGCUCGUGA